AUUAUUACCACUCAGAGUCAAUCAGCGUUCAACAGUAUGCAGGUAAAUACUAAAUAUCAAUGACUGACUGUGGAUUUCUUUUAGGUAGCCACCAAAGAGUUGACAAUAGGUGCUAUCGUGACCAAUAUUAAGGCGACCCGAGGUCCUUUGUGGUGGUCGGUAGUGGUCGGUCCUUCUAGAACAAUAUGUUCAAUUUUGAGCCACGCCGUCAUGAACUCCAUUGUAUUCCAUCAAAGCUGAAAGUAGCAAUGGACCUUUUCUAUGGUGUGGCAAUGCGAAGUCACAACACGGUCCACACCAUCUGGGUAUAUAUGAAGAGUCUGGGCUGGUUUUACAGAAAUAACUUGGUAUACCCGCACUCAAAUCCCUCGAUCAAUAACUUCAAAGUUCUCCUCCAAUUUCUGAUUCUCUAAUUCACCUCAAAUAUGUACACAGCCCCCAAGAAGGAUCCUCGCAGUAUCAUGGGGACCGACCGAAGACCAAACCCACUGCGCUUUGUGAAUCUCGAGGAGUGGGACGAUGGUGCCUACAGUGAUAUAUCAUUUCAAGAAUCCCAACCGGAUACCCUCGACGAACCAUGGCCAUAUCGAUUUAAGAAUGGCGACAAUGUGUGGAUCCACUCCACAGGUUAUGACUGGUAUCAAGGGAAAAUUGCCGGCCAGCCCAAGGCUGCCCAGACAAAGAUGGGUGACGGACUUUUUUGGCCUGUCACUUAUAAUCGUAACAAGCGCAGAUAUGCAGCGCCUCUCAAUGGCGAGUUGAAGCCUGAUACUCCCGCUUAUAAGGGAGAUGCUGAAGGAGGCAGGCGUCUUGUAAGGUGCUGGCACCUACUCGACGGCUGAACGAUUCUACGCUGUAUAAGUAGUAUUUAUGUUCUAUGUAUGAUGACCGGUAUUGUGUUGUACCUGAUCAUCGCUACCACUGUCUAUUCGUCAACGUUGUAGUAUCUCAUUGUUCUGCCUUUAAAGAGUUGUUCUCGGCUCUGUAGUCCAUUGUCUCAAUUGGAGUAGUAAUGGCGCU